AGCUAGCUGCUUGGUCCGGCCGAACAAGUUACCUCCAGCCGGUCGGUGCGCAAGGCUGCAAGCAUCGGCUACUCACUAUUCUAAAUUUCCAAUGCAUAUGCUACCUAAACCAAAGAUUUAAACAUGAGCAAGGAAGAGCAUACCUGCAAGGCUACAACUGCAUCUUCCUCCUCAUAAAUCUUCAGCCACAAGGGCCAUAUCAGUUCCAUGACAAGAAGAAGUGCUGAUUAAUCCGUCGCCAUGGAUUCAGAGCUAUCAACAGUGUUCUUCCUGCUGAUAGUUUUCGCAGCGUGUUGUUGCUCUUCCUCGAGCGCCACCCACCAUGACCCCUCGGUCGUCGGGUACUCGCAGGAGGACGUCGCGCUGCCGAGCAGGAUCCUCGACCUCUUCAGCUCGUGGUCGGUGAAGCACAGCAGGGUGUACGUGACCCCGAAGGAGAAGGUGCGGAGGUACGAGGUGUUCCGGCAGAACCUGAAGCACAUCGUGGAGACCAACAGGAGGAACGGGAGCUACUGGCUGGGCCUGAACCAGUUCGCCGACGUCGCCCACGAGGAGUUCAAGGCCGGCUACCUAGGGCUGAGCGCCGGCGGGCGGCCGCGCGCUCCGACGACGGCGUUCCGGUACGAGGCCGCCGUGGACCUGACCCGGGAGGUGGACUGGAGGAAGAAGGGGGCGGUCACGCCGGUCAAGAACCAGGGGAAAUGCGGAAGCUGCUGGGCCUUCUCGACGGUGGCGGCGGUGGAAGGGAUAAACCAGAUCGUGACGGGCAAGCUGGAGUCGCUGUCGGAGCAGGAGCUGAUGGACUGCGACAGCACCUUCGACCACGGCUGCGGAGGGGGCCUCAUGGACUUCGCCUACGCCUACAUUGUGGGGAACCAGGGGAUCCACACCGACGCCGACUACCCCUACCUCAUGGAGGAGGGCGACUGCAAGGAGAAUCAGCCCCACUCCAAGGUCGUCACCAUAAGCGGCUACGAGGACGUGCCGGAGAACAGCGAGCUGAGCCUGCUCAAGGCGCUGGCGCACCAGCCCGUCAGCGUGGGCAUCGCCGCAGGGAGCAGAGACUUCCAGUUCUACAAAGGGGGGGUGUUUGAAGGAACCUGUGGCACUCAGCUGGACCACGCGCUGACGGCCGUCGGAUACGGCUCAUCCAACGGCCAGGACUACAUCAUCAUGAAGAACUCGUGGGGCGGGGGCUGGGGCGAGCAAGGCUACUUCAGGAUCAAGAGGGGCACCGGGAGGCCCGAGGGCGUCUGCGACAUCUACAGGAUCGCCUCGUACCCUACCAAGAACAACGGCACGGGCUGGGGGUGGGGGGCCUGAUUUUGUCGGCGGCAUAAGGUGUCUCUGAAACUCAUUCGUUCAUAGUUCGUUCCAAGUGCUAGCACGUGGAUGCAGCAUCCCCUUUUUAUUUCUCUCGAACACGAAGCAUCAGCAGUCAAACAAGUUAGGCGGUCUGUAAAAUAUUUGGCUCCGGUGAGAAAAUCUGGUUGUUCGUCGGCAGUUCAGUUCAGUUGUUGUAUUGCUCUUCUAUUUUCGGCAAACACAGUGGGGAAAGGGGACGGGGCAAUGUCGAUUGAGCCUGUCGGAUCCAGACAUACUCCUACAUGUGUGACAGAGACCAACCUCUCGCAACUGGCAAGUCCCGGGCCGUCCAGCGCAGGAGGGGGCGAGUAGAACAAGAAUGUAAAGAGAAUAAAAAGGCAAU